AUGGAUAAAUUCAUAGAGGAUAGUGAUGAUGAAAAUGAAGAUUUGAGAAGUGUGGGAUCAGAAGACGAACUUAAUACUAAACCAACAAGACUCGAUGAUUCCGAAUCAGAAGAUGAGGAAAUUGACACAAAGAAAACAACAUCUAAAAAGAGUACAUUUGAUGCUUUUAAUGAUAAUGAUGACGAUGAAGAUGAUGAUAUGCUAUCAGAUGAAGAAGAAUCAAAUGAAUCAACAACUAAUAAAUCAUCAGGUUCAGAUGAACAAAAAAAUAUAAAUGAAUUAUUUAGAAAAUCAAAAUUACAUAAAUUGAAAACCAAAAAGCCAAAAGGUAAAACUGGUGUUGUUUAUCUUUCUAAAAUUCCUCCAUAUAUGAAACCUGCUAAAAUGAGACAAAUCUUGACUAGAUUUGGUGAAGUUGAUAGAUUAUUUUUGAAGAAAGAACAACAACAUAAAUAUAAACAACGUUUAGUACAAGGUGGUAAUAAGAAAAUAAAGUAUGAAGAAGGUUGGGCUGAAUUCAUUAGAAAGAAAGAUGCUAAGAUGUGUGCUGAUACAUUGAAUGGUAAUAAACUUGGUGGUAAAAAGGGAAAUUUCUAUUAUGAUGAUAUAAUGAAUGUUAAAUAUUUAUCAGGUUUCAAAUGGGCUGAUUUGACUGCUCAAAUUUCAGCAGAAAAUGAAGCAAGACAAUCUAAAUUACAAAUGGAAAUUUCUCAAGCCAAUAAAUUAAACAAGACAUUUAUUAGAAAUAUUGAAAAAUCAAAGAUGAUUGAAAAUAUUAAAAAUAAAAAGAAAGAUCAGAGUUCAAAAGAUGAUGAUGAACCAAGAAGAACUUUCGAACAAAGAAAAGUCACCUCAACAAGAGCCGAUGCUCCUGCUAGUUUGAAACAAAAACAUGAUGCUAAACUUGAAGGUGUCCUUUCUAGCAUUUUCUGA